CUAAUUUCAGAGCGCCAUCCAUCGAUCAGCUGUUUUUUGCUUAAAAUUUGGCUAAAAUAAUGGAAAAAAAUAUUUUUGGCAUGUUACUUGGAUUCGAAGAUGAACCCAUUAGUGAAAAAUACAAAAAUCAAGUCAACUUUACCGUUAACAAAAUCGGAGGAAAGCCAGAUUAUCCAUCAAAUAUAAAAUUGGAUCCUCCAAUUUGUCCUUUAUGCCAGCUUCCAAGACCUUUGGUUGUGCAAAUAUAUGCUCCAUUAGAGAAUCUUACUGUUCACCGUACUCUUUAUUUAUUUGCCUGUAUAAAUCCCAACUGCUGGAACUUAAAUGAAAGUUGGAUAUGCAUCAGAGUGAAUUCCCAAGACCAAAUAAUCGAAACUACUGAAGAAACAGCUGCGAUUGGACCUAAGACAACCGCGGCAACCGAUUGGUGUGCAGAUGCGGAUGAAUGGGACGACGACAAUAACGCAAAUUUUAACGAAGAAAAUGGGAAUGUCAUUAGUAACAUGGAGAAAGUCUCUGAUGAAGACGAAGAAAGCUGCUCACUGGAAGAUUCCUUAAGAUCCGGAUUCGUUAAUUUGAGUGUGGAUGAUAGAAACGCCAACAAAGGAGCACACGGUGGUGCUGUAGGUCGAUUGCACUCCCCUUUGGCAACAGCUGAAAUUGAAGGAAAUGAAGGAGAAGUAAUAAGCAUCGAUACUCCAACAUUUCCUCAACGUGACAUCGCUUCGCUUCUUCAAGAAGCUGCUCCACUUCCCCAGGAUAUUUGUCAAUUGGACACGAGAAGAUCGUCUUUAAUUCAGUUUUCACCAUACUUCAUGUCAGUGUGGGAAGAAACUCAAGAAAAACAAUCUGGGAAUGUUAGUGACAGGCAUGUUAAAGAGUUAUUGCAAGAUUAUCAACAGAAGAAUGACGACAAUCUACACUUAGUUAGUCCCGAGGGUGGAGGAGCUGCAGGUGGUGAAGAAUUCGAAAAAUACGAGAAAAGUAAUCCAGCUCACGGAGAUAAAAUGUUUCAUCAUUUCUUAUCCAAAAUUCAAAGUAAUCCUGGCCAAAUUUUGAGGUACAGCAGAGAAUCUGUGCCGCUAUUUAUCUAUCCCCUCCAAGAAGCGCCCAAGAAGUGCCAAUACUGUCAAGGAGAUCUCGUCUUCGAAUUUCAAGUUAUUCCAACCAUUAUUUCCAAACUAAAACUAAUAACCGAUCCCAAGCAGAUCGCCAGACUGGAAUUCGGAACUGUUCUGGUAUACACUUGCCGAAAAAGUUGCUGGUCUUCUGACACUACUUUUAGACUUGAGACUGUGAUUUUACAAAGUGAACUUUACUAGAAUGAGACACUAUUAUAAACUGCAGAAACUAUUAAUAUUAUUUUCCUUUCAAGCUACACAUUUAUUAUAGUAGAUAUUUCGUCUAGAAAGUACUAGGAAUUUAAAAAUAUCUUAUUUCCUGUAUACUCGGUCCGUUGGCUCUUAGCACAUACUAUAUUAAACGAUAACGUGGUCAUGUUACAUCUUGUUACCUCUUGAAGAUAUGCAAACGAUUCCAAAGGUCCUCAAUUUUUUGUGUAUAAUUCAAAUUUUGUAUAUACGCUCAGCAUACAUGGCUGUGGAAUUGAAUAUGAUUUUUCAAGGAUAUUCGGGCCAAAUUACAGAACAUGUCCGUAAUAAAUAUUCUAUCUUCAGUGCUGCUACUUUCUUUUUUCUUUUCUGAGGGUGGAAAUCCCUAGGGACGGCUGGCGUGUUGUGGAUUCAGGGUACUCGAGCCCAUUUCCCCCUAGAAGGAGGUCCUGCAAACGGAUGCCUUCCUGUUAUCCUUCUUCUUCUUCAAGUUCCACUCCUAUCGGAGAUUGGAAAUCAUUCUGCCAAUUAUAAUUUUAUUGGUUACUCGCCUGAAUAGUUCAAUUGAACUGCAUCCAAACCAUUCACGGAGAUUUGCCGUUAUCCUGCCUACCUAUUAAAACCACUCUCUCCUACUUGUGAGCAGUUGACUGUCGCAUGUACCAUUAUACUCCAUACUAUGGAUGACAACCCUUCAAAUCUUAUUAAAUUGGUAAUAAAUUACAUGAUUGUCGAACAUUUUAUAGGAUAUUAACAUUUGAUGUUCACUUUCAACGAGUUAUUGGUCCGAAAACGUUGUAUCUAAACGAACCAUGCGUAGCAACAGUUGUGAAUCUAUCAAAUGAAUCUAUAUAAAAUUUCAAUAUCCUAUAAAACUAUCAGCAAAAAUAUAAUACAAAAAUCAAUUUAAUAAUAUUUAAAGGGUUUUCAUCCAUGUAUUUAGUGGCUUUAAACAUGUUUGCCUAGUAGCAACAAUGAAGAUGGAAUAUUUAUUCCGAAAACGUUCUGUGAUUUAGCCCGAAAGGGUUCUCUUAUAUAAUAUAUGCCUUUUUAUAGAGAAUUUUUUACUAACACAAUGUCCACGAUCGUGUUUAACUUUUUCUAUAUCCUUCAUUGUUUUGUUAACUAUAUUACAUCAUGGUAAUGAUUGGAUGCUUCAAGCAGUAUAGUUACAAUGAUUUAAUUGAUGUAAAAGUAGACAACUGCAAAGAUGACUGUUACAACUUUAAUUAAAAAUGCUUAUAGAUAUAUUUUAAUGUAAUAAAAAAACAUAGCAAACUCAUGUA